GAAGCACAUUACUAGAAAGCAGUUCAACUCCUAGCUAUAUAAGAAGGCCAUCCACCUCUCUAGGUUUAUAAGAAGACCUUCCACCUCUAUAGACUUCUAAGAAGAUCAUCCUCCUCCGUCAUGGCCAGCAAGAAAAUCAUCACUGUCCUAGGAGCCACAGGAUCACAGGGUGGCUCAGUGGUCAAGGCUCUUCUGCAGAACAGCUCGUAUGCGGUCAGGGCCGUGACUCGUGAUGUCAGCAAACCAGCUGCUGUGAAGCUGAAGGAGGCCGGCGCAGAGGUGGUAGCUGCAGAUAUGGAUGACGAGAAGAGCCUGAAGUCUGCAUUCAGUGGAGCCUAUGGAGCUUUUGUGGUCACCAACUUCUUUGAUCACUUUAGUAAGGAGAAAGAAAUUGCACAGGGAAAACGGAUCGCAGACAUCUGCAAACUGCAGGGCCUAAAGCAUGUGGUCUUCAGCGGUCUGGAAAAUGUCCACAAAUUGACCGGAGGCAAGCUGCAGGUUCUUCACUUUGAUGGUAAAGGAGAAGUGGAGGAAUAUUUUAGGCAGAUUAAUGUACCCAUGACCAGCACAAGGGUCGCCUUUUACUUCGAGAACUUCCUGACUGUCUGCAGGCCCAAGCAAUGCCCAGAUGGCAAGACAUAUCAGUUGGUUCUUCCCAUGGGAGACGUUCCAAUGGAUGGAAUAUCUAUCGCAGAUCUCGGCCAAAUUGUUCACAGUGUCCUAGAGAACUCCUCAGAAUACAUCGGGAAGAAUAUCGGCUUGAGUGCAGAGAAGCUAACUGUCCAACAAUACGCAGAGAUCAUGUCCGAGGUGACCGGGAAGACCAUCGUAGACUCCAAGAUCACCCCUGAGGUAUACGAAAAACUCGGCUUUCCAGGAGCAGAUGAGAUGGCAAAUAUGUUUCGAUUCCUCCAAAUGAGACCUGAGCGCAAUGUGGAGGUGACCCACAAACUGAACCCCGACCUGAAAACCUUAAAGCAGUUUAUGGUUCUCAAGAAGGACGCUUUUACAGACUUGUAAUAUGUAAUUACCCAAUCAAUACCGUAUAUAUUAGCAACUGUUUUUUUUUUUAUCAUAAACCGGCCUACUUUAUAUGAG